UGUGCAUAUCCUGCGUCGCCAGAGCACCGGAUUCUCUAGAGGAAGCUCAAAAUACAGGGGAGUCACGUUGCACAAAUGUGGCCGCUGGGAAGCUCGUAUGGGCCAGUUUCUGGGGAAGAAGUAUAUAUACCUUGGCCUAUUUGAUAGCGAGAUUGAAGCUGCAAGGGCAUAUGACAAGGCUGCCAUCAAAUGCAAUGGAAGAGAAGCAGUCACCAACUUUGAGCCAAACUCAUAUGAUGGUGAGAUAAUGUCUGAGGCCCACAAUGGAGGCAGUGACAAAAGUCUUGAUCUGAACUUGGGAAUUGCUCCCCCUUUGGUUUCUGAGCUCCAAAAGAACAACAGCAAUUUGAGCAGCUUCCCUGUUCAGCUAGGCUGCGAUGACAUUCCUAUUCACAUGAGAACAAGGAAUGAGAACUCUGCUCCAGCACCUAUGAGGGCUCAACUGUCUCAUGGCUCAAUGGUGGCGUCUGAGGAGCCUCCUAUAAUGAGCAACAUAAAUUCCAGUUUCUUUCCCAUCCAAAUGGAAAGAGCAACGGAAAAGAGAAUGGAUGUUAACUCCUUUCCAAAUUGGGCAUGGCAACUCCAAGGCCUUCAUGGUGGAGCAACUCCAAUGCCACUCUUCUCUGCUGCAGCAUCAUCAGGAUUCCCUUCUUCAACAGCCACUUCACCACCAGCUGCUGUCACUCAACUUCAUUUUCCUAACACAACUAUUCACCACCACCAUUUUUCACCGUCGACAGUCACCAACAACAUACCCGGUUUCUAUUGCAGGAGCUGAAAACCAGAACCAGGUGGGAUAUAACCACGACACAUUAGUAUCUUAGUGUAGAAUGUAGUCACGGGACAAGUAGAAAAAGAUUGGUAAUGAAAUUUGUUUUCCUAUGAUCAUGUAAAGCUAAUGAAACUUGAGGAUCUUGGUCUAGAGGCAUGGAAAAAUUGAGGUAGUUUUGCCUUCUUCUGACGUGUGGUCACAUUCUUUUGCAUGCCUCCUUCCUUUGUGGGGUGCUGAAAAGCAGGUGGAGCAAAAUAUGUUUGGAAGCUUAAAACAGUUCAAUUUCAAAUGCCUUUUCUUUUUACUGCUUAA